ACCGUGUUAGCCCGUUUUUCACUGCAGCAUCCCUUGACAUCCCAACGUUCAUUAUCGAUCGCCAAAGAAUUUGUCGCACUCAUUGCCUUCAGAAACUCUACAUCAUAUAUAAGCGAGAUGAAUUGUAGAGUGCCUGAAACUCGUCACUCAUGGUCGACCUUAUUCGCAUCUUGGGUGGAGAUUGUGGCGCAAGCGCUGCUUGCACCAGCUGCGUGGCUGUUUGUGGUAUUCCUGGACGGUGGCUACUAUCGUUGUCUUCUUGCGCAUAACUACUGCCCAUUGAACACAUCACAUCAUUGCGUGAACAUCACUGUGCUCGAAUACUAUAAAAGUAGCCAGGAAUUUGACAAAAUGUCUGGCGAAGGGAAGAUUUAUAAAUGCGGGGUGUUUAGUUAUCUGCCCGCAUUGUAUAUUGCAACUUUCGAUGGAUGGGAUGCGGCAAAUCUGGAGGCUCAAUCGCAAAUUUACGCUUGGAUGAUUCUACUGCUGUUUGGCGUCGGCACGUUUCUCGUGAUCUGCAUUGUUCGCAUGUGUGACAAGUACACCUAUGUUCAACGGCAGUAUGUGGAAACCUAUAAAAAUGAGGAGACCAACAAAUUUGAUGGCGUCGCAAAAGAACACGCGGCGACGCUGGCCGAGCGCAACGCACGUGCGUUCUUCAAUCACAAGGACUGGUCAAAGCGGGAUUGGGAUUGGGUUUCAGGUAUCCUAUCGUUCAGUACUGCUGACCAAUUAUUG